AUGUUACUUUGCAGUCUGCUUCUAUUCGCAUCGACUUGCUUUCAAGAAGUAUAUGCCAAAUAUGACCGCAAGUACCCUGCUGGAUUCGUGCUUGGUCCAACUCAAGUGGGAGUUCACAUCGAACAGGAAAAGCCGGGAGGUGUUUUCCUUCGGUUGGGACUUUCCAGGGACUCAAAUGGCAAGGGGGACUUUCAUGACUUGAUACAAUCCGCAGCGGCUUACGACAAUGAUCAAGCUGUCUGCGGGGGCCAGAAAACCGCUUGGUGUCUUGCAGCAGUUGAGUAUCAUAGCCAAUCUGCCUGGGAGCAAAUUGUAGGAGAAAUCGUGGCUUGGCCCGGCGGAACGUUGAAGAUCAACUACUAUGAAGAUUUCAAGGCCUCGACAUGGAACCAAACGAUAACGGACCCCCGGACCGGUAGAGUGCUAACAAAACUAGCAACUCCAAUCCACCCCCGCAACAUGGCCAUGCGAAGCAUCGACACAGCUGUGGCAAUGUUGGACUGCGCUAAUCCAGUGGUAAAAGCGCACAGCUAUCAUGAUAUCAUCAUCACACUGUCUAGCCCUGACCCCGAAUUUGCAAGGACAGGACGAGGAUAUAAUUGCACUUUUGAUGUGCCCGUCACUACUGACAAGGGUCGCACUUGGCUUGUCAGGUCAAUCAAUAUGAAUGAGCUGACGUCUCCCGCCAGCAAAAUGAACAUAUUGUCGAUUGGUGCUGAUUACAUGGGCAAAUUCAAGACUCAAGCAAUGCCGCAAAACUACACCAACAUCCGACUUGAGCUCUCCAAGCCAAACAUCAAUCUCGGUGUGAUGCUCAAAGGCGGCUGCCACAUCACAGAUCCUGUACAGUUGGAUGCCAGUACUUGGUUCAUUGCCUCAUUUUCAUAUCAAACACAGACAAAGGCUUAA